AUGUACCUGUACCUGUGCCUGUACCUGUGCCUGUGCCUGUGCCCGUAUACCUGUACCUGUGCCUGUACCUGUGCCUGUACCUGUGCCUGUAUACAUGUACCUGUACCUGUGCCUGUACCUGUGCCUGUGCCUGUGCCCGUAUACCUGUACCUGUGCCUGUACCUGUGCCUGUACCUGUGCCUGUAUACCUGUGAGCUGCUGCUGCUCAGCAGGGGGGGGCAUCUGACGGAGGGGCAGCGGUUGGUCCUGAACACCAACAUCCUGCUGGCGUGGGACUCUUCGGGCCAUCCAGAGGAGCUGGUCUACACGCUGUCGGCCCCCCCCCGGCACGGCCUGGUCCACGGCGUCCAGCAGCCGGGCGUCCCUCUGGCCAGCUUCACUCAGCUGGACAUAGCCGCACAUCGAGUGUGCUACACCCAUGACAACAGCCACCACGCAGACACAGACUCCUUCAGAUUUCUGCAGAGAGAGUUGGAGAGUCUGAGAAACGAUGAACACGAGCUGGAGGCUCUCCGCAGUGAAGUGGACGAAGACACCACUGAGAUCAUCCCUUCAGCUGUAUUUGUGUCCCAGUUGUACUACCUGAUAACGAAGAUCAAGUGGGAGUACGAAACGCCCCCCAACGUCUUAAAAGGAGUUCACUACGGACCCGACCUGGCGACUCCGAUCAACAUGGACAAGUGUUCGUUAUCUCCGUGCGACGUGAGCGACCAGCUGUGGAGCUUCGUCAGCACCGAGUGAUAGCUGAGUGGAACUGUGUGCUCUUUAUCUGUGUUGUUUGUCUGUUGUUCUCAUGUUCUUUACUACGUUUACACUGUUUCAUGAAAAUUAAAUAU